AUGCCGACCUCCGGCGACGGCUCGGGCGCCCUGCCCCAUGUCGUGCUCCUCCCGAGCGCCGGGAUGGGCCACCUCGUCCCGUUCAGCCGCCUCGCUGUGUCCUUCUCCUCCUCCGACCACGGCUGCGGCGUCUCGGUCGUCACCGUGCUCCCCACCGUGUCGUCCGCCGAGUCCGCGCACCUCGAUGCCCUGUUCGGCGCGUGCCCGGCCGUGCGCCGCCUCGACUUCCACCUCGCGCGGUUCGACGCGUCCGAGUUCCCCGGCGCCGACCCCUUCUUCCUCCGCUUCGAGGCCAUGCGCCGCUCCGCGCCUCUCCUCGGCCCGCUCCUCGCCGGUGCCGGCGCGUCGGCGCUCGUGACGGACAUCGCGCUGGCCUCCGUCGUCAUACCCGUCGCCAGGGAGCUCCGCCUCCCCUGCUACGUCCUGUUCACCGCCUCCGCCGCGAUGCUCUCCCUGUGCGUCCACUUCCCCGCCUACCUCGACGCGAAUGCCGGCGGCCCCGUCGGCGACGUCGACAUCCCCGGCGUGUACCGCGUCCCCAAGGCUUCCAUCCCGCAGGCUCUGCACCACCCCGAGCACCUCUUCACCCGGCAGUUCGUCGCCAACGGCCGGGAGCUCGCGAAAUCAGACGGCCUCCUGGUCAAUUCUUUCGACGAGUUCGAGCCAGAAGCCAUAUCUGCACUCCGGGAUGGCUCCGUCGCUGCCGGGUUCCCACCGGUUUUCUCAGUUGGGCCACUCGCUCCGGUGAGCUUUUCGGCAGGUGAACCGCCGGAAAAUCAAGCUGAUUACAUGCGGUGGCUCGAGGCGCAGCCGACGAGAUCGGUGGUGUACGUCAGCUUCGGCAGCCGCAAGGCCAUAUCCAAGGACCAGCUCAAGGAGCUCGCCGUCGGGCUCGAGGCGAGCGGCCACCGGUUCCUGUGGGUGGUGAAAAGCACCGUCGUGGACAGAGAGGACGAGGCCGAGCUCAGCGAGCUGCUCGGCGAAGGGUUCUUGGAGCGUGUGCACGGGCGGGGCAUGGUGACCAAGGGUUGGGUGGAGCAAGAAGAGGUCUUGAAGCAGGAAUCCAUCGGUCUGUUCAUCAGCCACUGCGGCUGGAACUCGGUCACGGAGGCGGCGGCGAACGGAUUGCCGGUUCUGGCGUGGCCGAGGUUCGGGGACCAGCGGGUGAACGCCGGCGUGGUGGCGCGCAGCGGGCUCGGCGUCUGGGAGGAGCGGUGGAGCUGGGAGGGGGAGGAGGGAGUGGUGAGCGGGGAGAAUAUCGCGGAGAAGGUGAAGGCUGUAAUGGCGGACGAGACAGUGAGGAAUAAGGCGGUAAGCGUCCAGGAUGCGGCGGCGAAGGCAGUCGCCGACGGCGGCACGAGCUACCGGAGCUUGGCCCAAUUCGUGCAACGUUGCCGGGAUCUGAGCGUCAGCAAGUAA